AUGGCCGCCGCGUCUUCAUUCGCCGCGUUGGACUACGCGGUGCUCACGGGAUUUCUCGCUUUGUCAGCCAGCAUCGGCGCGUUCUUCGCCUGGCGGGAUCGGCGAGACAAAUCAAACCGGCAGUUCCUGACGGCCAACAAGCAACUCGGCUGGCUGCCCGUGUCCGUGUCGAUGGUGGCCAGCUUCGUUUCUGCCACUUCCAUCCUAGGCCUGCCUUCGCAAGUGUUUGUACGAGGAUUGACUCUGUGGAUGAACGCCGUGUCUUCGACCCUGGCGAUGCUCGUGGUUGCCUUCGUGUUCCUUCCCAUGUACUACAAGAUGGACAUCACCAGCAUCAACGAGUGGGAUCCUCCGGUUCUACCACAUCUCCUUCAUGUGGGUCGUCCCCCUCGGCUUUCUCACCCACUUGAUCGUCUCGCUGUUCGUCAGUCUCCUCUUUGGUGA